AUGUGGCGAGCGACAGACCAAAACACUCGAUACAGAAUGUUAUCGUCAAAAGACCCGGCCGAAAACGAGAUCAUCUCACCCAUCUCAUUCUCGCCAGGCGAACCAUCAGUCUACCAUGCCCACGACCACUCUGUCUCUGACGAUGAACCAACACCAUCUGAUCGAUCACCCAAGAAAACGGGCUUUAACAAGUUCAUCCCCAGUAGAGACACAUACUGGGGUUCCCUAACCUACAACCUCCUCGCCUUCCUCCUCCCCGCCCUCUACCAAACCCUUUCAAAACUCUGGAUCGCCCAAAUCGACUCCGACUCCGUCGUCCUCACCGACGUCUACACCUACAUCUCCACCAUUGCCGAAGUGCUCAACGAAGGGCUACCGCGCAUCGCGUGGCUGAUCAUCGGCAACUCGGCCUCUUACUCCCUCUCUACGCGCCUAUCCCUCUCUUAUACCCUGAUCAUCUUCCAGACUUGCAUGGGGCUGCUCAUGACGGUAAUCUUCAUCGCAGCCGCCGAAUCCUUCGCGGCGGGAUUUGUCCCGCCCGAAGUCAGGGAGAAGAGUCUGAGCUAUGUGCGCCUGUCGUCGGCGGUGGCGCUGACGAGUGCGGUGCAGACGGCGGUGGCAAGUUGUACGAGGGCGAUGGAUUGGCCGGAUGUGCCGCUGGUGGUGAGCUCGGUUGGGUUUGCGGUGAAUAUUGUGUUGGAUAUGUUGUUCCUUUCGUGGUUCCAUGUGGGCUGGACCGGGUACAAGCCGACGGUGUUGGCGCAGGCAGGGAUUAGGUUGGCGUGUGAUGUGACGGCUGCUGGGGUGGGGUUGGGGUAUUUUGUUUGGGUGGCUAGGCGGAAGGUGAGGGAGGAGAUUCAGAGUCGGAUGGGACUUAGGGGAGAUGAACGUGUGGAUGAUGAAGGGAUGGGGAGGGUUGUUUGGUGGUGGACGGCAGGGUUUUGGAUGAUGGCUAGAGAGGCGGUUUAUACGUUUGCGGAGUCGGCGGUAAGGAAUGCGAUUUACUUGUGGUUGGUGAAUAGGAUCAUUGGGCUGGGAGCGGACUAUGCGACGGCUUGGGGGGUGUUUAACACGAUUAGGUGGGGGCUGGUGAUGGUUCCGGUGCAGGCCUUGGAGACGUCGGCGUUGACGUUUAUUGGGCAUGAGUGGGGAGAGUGGAAGAAGGGCAAGGAGGGAGUGUCUAAGCCUGCGGCAAGAUGGGGCGAAAUCAAGAGAAUCAGUCGUCCAGCUAUUAACUCGGCUCUAGUAUCUCUGGCCGUAGAGAUACCUAUCUGUAUUUUCCUCUCUUUGUGGGGGAUGAAGGAAUUUGCCUUCUACAUCUCAAACUCGGAACGGGUUGCAGACAUUACCAAGAAGAUGUGGCAGAACAUCGACUGGUGUUACAUCUUCUACGCCCUCAACUAUCAGCUAUCGUCCAUCCUCUUGGCCACUGUUCCUCGAUGGUUCCUUUACCAGUCACUGUGGUCGAACUUACUAUGGUCAUUGCCAUGGGCCAUAGUUGUCACGGUCAUGAAGUUCAAGGAAGAACAAGCGUGGACGUUUUACUCCGUCAUAUUUGGCGGGGCGAAUGUGUUCUCUUCCAUCGUUGUGGCUAUCGUGUUGGGAGCUUGGGUAUGGAGACUUCACAACGGGAUGAUCAGAGUAUAA